AUAUCGAGAGACCGAAAAAAAAAAAAACAAAAAGGCCCACGGGAAGAGCGAGAAACGGGGGCGACCAACCGGCUAGCUCGCCGCUUCCGCCUUCUCUCCCCCCGUCCUUACCCUUUCCCCGUGGCCUCACCGGCUCCUCUCUCUCUCUGCUAGGGUUUCCCCAUGUCGGCGGCGGCCUCCGCGGCGGCGCUCCUCCUCCUUCCCCUCCUCGCCGCCGCCGGGGACGGGGUCUGCCCGAGGCCGCCCGCCGCUGCCGCCGUCCUGCGGCAGUCGUCCGCCUCAUGCCCCGCGCCGGGGCUCCGGGGCCACCACGUCGGCGUAGUCGAGGGGGACGAUGGGGCUCUGCAAAAGGCAGUGACACUUGUGCUGCGGAACAGGGAGGAUUUUGUUGCUAUUCUUUUUUAUGCUUCAUGGUGUCCCUUUUCUAAAUUGUUCAGGACAGAUUUUCAAAAGCUGUCAUCCUUUUUCCCAACAAUUGCUCAUUUUUCUUUUGAGGAAUCCCGUAUCAAACCAAGAAUUUUGUCAAGGUAUGGAGUUCGUGCCUUCCCGACGCUUUUCCUUGUGAACUCUACAAUGCGCGUGCGCUAUCAUGGAUCUCGGACCAUGAACUCCCUUGCUAUGUUCUAUAAAGAUGUUACAGGUAUGAAUCCUGUGUCACUGGAUGUAACAUCCCUGGAGAGGAUAGAAGACACGGUAAAUAUAAUUGAUAAUGACAAAAGGACCGAGCAGGAGGAUUCUCUGUUCUUAUGGGCAAGAUCACCAGAAAGAUUACUUCAUCAAGAUACCUGUCUUGCAUUGGCUAGCUCUUUUGUCCUCUUGAGGUUACUUCAUUUCUUUCUUCCCAAGCUCAAUGCAUGUGUGAAGCAAGCCUGGAGGAUGCGAUUUCAUGAACUGAAUAGGUUGUUUCCUAGCUUGUCUUGAGGAAGGCAAUGUGGACCUGAAAACUUGAACUGACUGUCUAAACAAGGCAGCAUACGCAUAGGAAAUGAUGCAGGCAGCAAACGGGAAUCGUUUGGGGGGUGGAUUUCUGCCAUUGUCUGCACGAAAGUUAAUACACACUGGUGGCUCGUGGCUGAGAAAUGAAAAAGGUGGUCUCAGCAGCUACUUAUACCCCUAAGGUCUCAUCAUGGAUGUAUUGUCUUCCCUCCGUGUCGAACUCUUUCCGUGUCAACUAUAUUUAGUCUUUCUUGGGAGAUAUCUUGAUACAAGCUUAAGUGACGUUCUUGGAAAUGCUGAUGUGAAUGUUGAUCAUUGUACUGCCUUGAUGGUACCAUCGGCCAACGCCUUGUAUUUUGGUGUUGCUCCUGAGACACACACAAAAAAAAAGUAUUCUAAGAAUGAUUCUUCUUUUAGGUUAGUCAUAGGCAGGAUUGAUAGGUUUGUGAUUCAAUAAACUCGAGGGAGUCCGUACCCUUUGUGUGUAGUACUCCAUUAUAUUGACCGGCUGAUUGUUCUAGCAAAGUUUGCUGGUUCGUAAAUGGAAUUGCCGGCUGUUAUUGGCUUAUUUCUUUUA